AUGCACUGCAGCUGCUUGGCUGAGGGCAUCCCAACCACCCCCGGCAACUACUGGAUCUCAGGUCUGGCCUUCCCUGACUGGGCCUACAAAGCCGAGUCAUCCCCAGGCUCCCGGCAGAUCCAGCUGUGGCAUUUCAUCCUGGAGCUGCUGCAGAAGGAAGAGUUUCGCCAUGUCAUUGCCUGGCAGCAGGGAGAAUAUGGGGAAUUUGUCAUCAAGGAUCCAGAUGAGGUGGCCCGCCUCUGGGGCCGCAGGAAAUGCAAACCACAGAUGAAUUAUGACAAGCUGAGCCGAGCCCUCAGGUACUACUACAAUAAGAGGAUCCUGCACAAGACCAAAGGCAAAAGGUUCACCUACAAGUUCAACUUUAGCAAGCUCAUUGUGGUCAACUAUCCUUUGUGGGAAGUCCGGGGACCACCUUCCUCGCACUUGCUGCUGGGGGCACCUGCCUUGUGUCGGCCAGCCCUGGUGCCCAUGGGUGUGCAGAAUGAGCUUCUGCACAGCAUGCUGUUCACUCACCAGGCCAUGGUGGAGCAGCUGGCUGGACAGCGGAUUCCCCGGGAGCUACCAGAGGCCCUAGGGGAAAAAAAGGGGAGCAGCAGCAGCCAUCGAUUUGGCUCUGCCUCAGCACCAUGUUGGCUUGGCUCUUGCUGCCAUUUUGGAAGCCUCCAGAGUGAGCUGCCCAGUUUUGCCUCCCUCACUCCUGCUCUGCCACCCCCUGUCCCUCCUGACUGGAUCCACCUCCCAGGGACCUUCUUCCCCUCUCUCACCUCAGAGCAGCAGCUCCCAGGGUUUUCUAAGCCAGGCACCCUGCUCACAGGUUCAGGCUGUCCCCCAGGGUCUCGGCAUUUUCCAGGGCUCUCCCUACUGGCUGGGCUGGGUCAGGGUGCAGGUGAGAGGCUUCGGCUCCUGUCACUCAGGCCUGAAGGGUUAGAAGUAAAGCCUGACCUCAUGGUGGGGGCAAAAGGGAGUCUGGAUCCUAGGGAGGGCUUCUUUUCAGAGACCCAUGGACAGAGAACUGGGGAGGAAAGCCGUGAGAACCCCAGAGUGGAGUGGCCCUUGGACCCUCCUUAA